UUUAGGUCUAUGUUGAUAUUCCAGGAGCCAUGGAUUUAUUCCUUAACUUACCACUGGUCAUUGGUACCAUUCCUCUACACCCAUUUGGUAGCAGGACAUCAAGUGUGAGCAGCCAGUGUAGCAUGAACAUGAAUUGGCUUGGUCUGACACUGCCUGAAAGACCAGAAGCACCUCCAAGCUAUGCAGAAGUGGUCACAGAGGAACAGAGACAGUCCAGCCUCCCACCUAUAGCUGCUUGUGAUGACUUUGAGAGAGCACUGCAAGGACCAUUAUUUGCAUACAUUCAAGAAUUCCGCUUUCUGCCUCCACCACUCUAUUCAGAAAUUGAUCCAAACCCAGAUCAGCCUACAGAUGACAGACCAUCUUGCCCUUCUCGUUGAAGGAAUCCAUAAAAAGCUGACUUGACUUGGGUUUUGAAUCAUACCUGCCAUGUUGAAGGUCAAGGCGUUAUAGUGGAGACACUUUAGAAGGAAGUGGUUUUGCUCUUGCCUGUAUGGUGAAUACAUGAAAACAACCUGUGAUUAUGCUUUGAAGCCUACAAUAACAUUGUAGGACUGCUCCACUUGCUUGAAGACCUGAGCUUACCCCCUCCCCGACCCUCCCCUUUUUCUCAUUUAAAUAUUGGCACAUACUAGGAGCAGCCUUACUAACCUACGGUCAUGUGUGUCAAAACACUCAAACCACAUAGCAAGAGAGGGAUGGCUUUCUGUUAUGAUUUUGAAGAUUUGCACAUGCUCAUUGCUUAUUUUGUGCGGUUCAGUGUCACUACAGCUUUUUCUCAUUUAUGCCGCACUGUUGUUACCCCCUUCCCCCCCCCCCCUUCGUUCGUGGUCUGCACAAGAAGGAGCAAAUGAAAGCUUUGAACAAAAAAAAAAAAAGCUACGGACUUUGACAAAUGCACUGACUCUUUCUUUUCUAAUUUAAUGUAGCCUGGACUUUACCUGCAUAUGCACAUGCUCAGAAUUGUCUAGUAGGCUGGUCAUGUAUCACCUCUUCAGCUUGGAUCCUGUUCUGGAUUUAUUUACAAACAUCAAAUGCCUUCAAGCCAAUCCUUCUUGCUGUAUGUUUUGCAGCCUACUGUAGUAGAUAAGCAACAUAAUGGGGAUAUAUUAGGGUUGGGGGAUGGAGAGAUAACAGAAGGAGACUAACAGACUUUGUCAAGAUUGUAUACCUUCUUGAUUUCUUUAAGAGUUUGUUGCCUUUCUACUAUUAUCGCAAAGCAGCAUUUUGUUACAGACUGCCUAAAAAAUCACUUAAUCUCAGGUGAACUCAUCACUUGCCAAACUGUUGAAAUGCAUUUGUUUUGUUAUGUUGCACUGUUUAGUUACUUCUUUGUUUUGUGUGUGUUUUGUUUUAGUUCUUUAUUUGAGAGGGGGAGCUGCAAUAGGGACAUACACAAAAGUUAUAAAAGCCACCCUCAUUCCCUUUUUUCUUCCUACAUUAUGAAAAAGAGAUGUUUCAAGUUGUGAAGCUUUAAAAAAUAGAAAUAAUAAAGGCACAAGUGAAAGCAGCACCAGUAAACACCAGCUGAGCCUCAAAAGAAUUCUAAAAGGAAAUAGGCAAAUGCUGUCCAGGAUUCACAGGCAGAGAGAUAUUUCAACUAGUAGAGAUGGGAAGAGAAAGUAAAUUUAUUUUUAUACAUAGUUACCUAAUCACCAAAAAUACUAUAUAUUAUGAGUCUCUAGUAGCAAGUAUAUUUCAGACUGCAGGAAAAGCUUGGACUAUGCUAAGAGCUCAGUUUGUGCACUUUGUAUUAUCUUCAGGGUUUAUGAUACUGUAAGAAUAGUAAGAGUAGAAGUAUAAUUAAAGUGGGGGAAGAAGAUCAGUGUUACCAGCCGUACAUGGGUAUUAGUUAGCUGAGAAUUGUUUCAGUAAUUGCAUUUUCUGUGGUACUCUCUCAAGAGCUUUAAAACAAAAGAGCCAAUUUCAGCAUGCGUUCAUUCAGAGUGCAAGAAAUGAUGCAGAGCACUCGCCCCUGUUUGUACUCCUCGGAAGCAAAGGAUGCACUGGAGCCGCUGUAUCUGCUAACACAAAUACCAGCACUUCCAUGCCUAGAGAUUUAUAAAAGUCAGCUUCCCUUUUUGGAACUCGUGUAGCACAGACCAUUUACAAAGGGACAUGCUUUUGAUAUUGACCACUUAAAUCGAGGACUAAUCCAUCAUGUCUCUAUUUCCUUGUGCAAUAAAAGCUCAGAUGGAAGGGGGAUAGAGGAGGCUGGUGGUCUGUGUGGUGCUUGUUCUUAAAAACCUCUGCCUUCUUUUUUAAGGCUUCAUGCGUACAACACAAUAGGCUUUUCCAUAAGUGGCCUUUACGAGAACAUGAAAGAAAAUUCAUGUUUCAAAAACGAUGACAGGGUGAUACAUAUGAGUCGCGUUUUAAGUGAUUCAGUUAAAAGUUUGGAUUUUGAGCUAGAAUACUGGACAAGAAGGAAAUUGGGUGAUAUCUUACGUUACGAGGCCAAUUUUGUGAAUGUCCCUACUCUCUACCCUCUCCAAACAGACAAAAAAAGCUAAGGGGAUCGUUGGCAUAAAAGGGCAUUUGGUGGUUUUACUUUUUUUUCCUUUUUGUUGUUGUAACAGACUAGGGAACAAUUUCUGAUACACAUAGCAUUAAAGUUCUUACCACAAUACAAUGGAGAAUUGCAUAUGAAGCAGGAUUGACCAAUACAGUAAUUGACACGGCUUCACAGCCUUUGUGAUUGGAGUGAAAAAAUUCUAUAUAAAGUAAAUUCUGUUUAAAUUCUUAGUUUUUCAAAGGCAUUAUUCUUCCACAAGUAUUGGUCAAUUCUCAGCAUUAUAAAACAUGAGGUUCACAGUUAUAGCCCAGUAUUUUAUAUAAGAUUCUGAUCUGAAUUAGGAAAAAGUAAGUAAAAUCCAAACGUUAGAGAAACAAAGUGCAAUAUUAAAUGUUUGCUUUAUAGAUUA